ACUAAUUUCGUGCAUUUGGCUUCUUCUUUAUAGUCACUUUUAUAUUGCUCCAUUUGAGGUCUUUGUGUUAGGAAUUUGAAAGGGGUGUGUGAAUGAAAAAGGUUCCUAAGGGAGAGAGAGCUUCCUUGAGGUUAAGAGUUGUGCACAUUUUAUUGAUUCUGGGCUGUCAACAAGGGUGUUGAAAGAAGAGGUGCGGGUGUAUUUUAUAAAGGAAAGUGUUCUUCACCUUCUAGUUGCUAAUUUUGAUCCAUUUUUGGUGUGGUUUUGAACUGUUUAGCAAGUGUUCAAUCUUUCCUUGAGGUUUCUCCAUGAAAAGGAUUGCUACAGUUUGGAAAGAGUGGCAAGUUGUCCCCUCGUUUAAUUGGGCCAUUUGAGAUUUUGGAUCGAGUGGGCGAGGUUGCUUACAGAUUGGCAUUGCCACCACAGAUGGACAGGGUCCAUAAUGUGUUUCAUGUUUCGAUGCUACGGAAAUAUGAGCCAGAUCCAUCUCAUGUAUUGAGUUUGGUUGAUGUUGACAUUGAUGAGGAUGUUUCUUACGAGGAGGGACCCAUUCAGAUUCUUGACACUUGGGACAAAGUGUUAAGAGGUAAAACGGUGACUCUUGUGAAGGUUUUGUGGCGACAUCACGGUGUUGAGGAGGCUACGUGGGAAUGGGAACAUGAUGUUCGUUCUGCGUAUCCGAGUUUGUUUUCUUCCCCAGGUCAUAGCAUGGAUGGUGUGGAGGGUGUUCCUCCUCAGCUAUAGACAGAGUUGGGGCUGGUGUUGUUGUGUUAUAUUCCGUAUAAUAGUCUAUGUUUUGUAUUAUUUUUCUUUACAAUAUUUCUGGCAUGUAAUAAAUGUUAUUUCGGACUUUAAAACUUUAAUGUUGUAAUAUUUGCAUCUUAUAUAUUA